UUUGUUAGUGGAACUGUGGAAGAUAAGAAGCGCAGGCAAACGCCAGAAGAGUAGAGUUUUUGUGUUGAGCAGAGAGAGAUAAGAGUUCAGAAAUGGAGAAAAUAGAGCACACGACGGUCGCCACCAAUGGCAUUAACAUGCACGUGGCAUCGAUAGGGACAGGACCGGUGGUGCUCUUCCUUCAUGGCUUCCCUGAGCUCUGGUACUCGUGGCGACACCAGCUUCUCUACCUCUCCUCCCUCGGCUACAGCUGCAUCGCCCCCGACCUUCGCGGCUAUGGAGACACCGACGCCCCGCCCUCCGUUGCCUCUUACACAACUUUCCACAUCGUCGGAGACCUCGUCGCCCUUCUUGACCAGCUUGGUAUCGAGCAAGUCUUCCUGGUCGGCCAUGAUUGGGGAGCUAAGGUAGCCUGGGACUUCUGUUGGUUCAGGCCCGAUCGAAUCAAAGCUGUAAUCAACAUGAGCGUGCCAUUUUCACCGAGAAACCCGGCUUUAGAUACGGUGGAUGGCUUGAGAGCUUUGUUUGGUGAUGAUUAUUACUUUUGCAAGUUUCAGGAACAUGGAGAAGCUGAAGAAGAUUUUGCUUGUGUCGAUACCGAAAUACUAAUGAAGAAGAUCUUUUCUAUUGGUCCAAAUCCUCUGAUGAUACCCAAAGAAGUGGGAUUUAGAGGAUUACCAACACCAGAUGCAUUGCCUUCUUGGUUGUCAGAAGAAGAUAUUAAUUAUUAUGCCACCAAAUUUAAGCGGACAGGUUUCACUGGAGGAUUGAACUAUUAUCGAGUUACCCACCUAAAUUGGGAGCUCACAGCGCCUUGGACUGGAUUACAAAUCAAAGUGCCAGCCAAGUUCAUAGUGGGAGACCAAGAUAUCGUCUACAAUAUCCCAGGUGUCAAGGACUACAUAAGCGGCGGCGGCUUCAAAAAAGACGUGCCGUGUUUGCAAGACGUAGUUGUGAUAAAAGGAGCAUUUCAUUUUAUCAAUCAAGAAAAGGCAGAUGAGAUUAGCGCACACAUAUAUGAAUUUAUCAACAAGUUCUGAGUGUGCGAGAAAGUGCUUGUUUUCAGGUCCAGGGCUAUGGUCAGGGUGUUUUGGUGUAUAUGAACAUGAUUUAGUGAAAGAAUUUAUGAAAAAAAAAUUAUCAAAAACACCAAGGACUUGAGAACAUGACGAAGGAAGCUUGGAAAGAAUUAAGAUUGGAAAGAAUUGGUCUUCUGUAUUUUUUUUUUCUCUGCUUUCUGUCUGUAUAAAAGUCUGCUAUUUAUAGCAUUAUAUUACAUGUAUGUCACUACGCUAUAAAGAGUCUGCUAUGUGCACUGUCCA